AUGGACGCUCUGCUGGCCAAGUUGCAGGCGCUGCAGAUACAGCACGAGACCCAUGCGCACCCGGCGGUGAUGACCUGCGAAGCCCAGGCAGCGGCGCUGUCUGGCGUGCCAGGCGUCGUCACCAAGAAUUUGUUCCUCAAGGACAAGAAGGGGCGGCUGUACAUCGUCACCGCGGCUGCCGACACCAAGGUCGACCUGAAGGUGCUGUCGGCGCGGCUGGGCACCGGCAAGGGCGGCGUGCGCAUGGCGCCUGAUGAGCUGAUCCCAACGGUGCCACUGGGCAGCGUCACGCCGCUGGCCAUCGCCCAGCCGUCGGCGGCGGGCGUGGCGCUGCUGCUGGAUGGCAAGCUGCGGGGCCAGCCCCGCAUCUGUGUGCACCCGCUGGACAACACCGCCACCAUGGUGCUGUCCUCAGAGGGGCUGGAGGCGUUCGUCAGGUCGGUUGGGCGCGAGCCGGCCUGGGUGGACCUGGAGGCUGAUCCGGUGAUCGAUAUGAACAACCCGCCAGACCUUAAGGCGUUUGCAGACGCAGCCACGCCCCUGGCAGCAAACGACGGCGCGGCGGCGGCGGCAGCAGCAGUAGCCCCUGGGGCAGCGGCGGCCAAGCCGGCGGCGGCGGCGGCGGCGGCGGCGGCGGGCGGCACAAAGGCAGCCAAGAAGGCGGCGCCCGCGGCGGCUGGGAGCAAGAAGGGCGCCGGCGCCGCCGGCGGCGCGACGCCCGCGGCGGCGCCUCGGGCAGAUGAUGUGCUGCGGGCCACGGAUGAGCUAGUGGAUAAGAUUGCCAGCACGCUGGUGGGCGAGGCGGCGGCCGGCGUGGAUGCCGAUGUGAUGCGGCGCCUCAAGGCGGAUGUGGAGAUGCGGCUGAAUGCGCUGCGCAACGCGGCCUACGCGGGCGGCUUCUCGGCUGCCAGGGGCGCCAUCGCCAGCACGCUCAGCGGGCAGUACGCCUAG